CCCGAGAUCCGGGACCCGGGGCCCCAGAAUAACAUCAUACCCUACGUAUGUACACAUGUCCUCCGAGUAUCCAUGCCGUCCCUCCAUCCAUACAAACCCAAGCAACCGAACGAAGUGGACCCAACGCCCCCCAAAGCCUCAAUCAGCCCUACCACAGCACACCAUCCCACACCACACAAUCACAUGAACCCAACCCAACCCAUCGCCCCAGACCCUACGUCAAGAUACCCCCACAAGAAAAGCAGAAGCAGCCGCAUCCCCCCAUUCAGCCCGCGAAUCCUUCCACAACCGUACUAAGGUACAGCACAGUACCUACUAGUAGCCUCAGACCAGACACCCCAGCAGCUCCACCGCACACCUAGUGCUCAAACCAAUCAUACAAGCUGAGCCUCGGGCGGCGGUGCUACGGAAAGGUUAGUGGGUACUAAGGUAACCCGUGAAUUGUACACAUGAAAGGAAAAACUGUUGACGGUAUGGAUGGCAUGGCCAUUGGAUGGGAAGAUGGGCAAGUCAUCCGAUUGGCGGUCGAUAAGGUACGGACGGGGGUUGCAUCAUCGUUGCGUUACGGGACCUUGAACCUUUUCACAUACAGUAUGUAAGUUACUCAUCGUUUAGGCGAGGGUUUCGCUGGGAAAGUUGCGG